AAAUUAAUUUUAUUUAACUUAAUUACUAAACUACUUUUUUUAAAAGAAUUAGUUAUAAAGGUACUUUAUAAUAGUAUUUUUAUAAUAGUUAAUAAACUUAUAAAAAUAGCCUACUUUAUAUUAUUUAAAAAAGCUAGUAAUAUAGAAGAACUAGCUUAUAUAAUAAUAAAAUAUAUUAUAAGUAAUUAUAAACUACUAGAAGAUAUAAUCUUUAAUAGGGGAAAUAUAUUUAUAUUUAAAUUUUAA